AUAAACACACACCUGCAUGUCUGACAGUGCCUGAGGUCACCUCCAGCUUCUUUGUUUUUCGCCAGUCUUUCACUGGUACAAUCAAAUUACUCAGCUUUAUAAGGAGGGAAGUACAGAACAGUAAAUGCAUGAUUAGUGUAGCCACAGGCAGUUAAAAGAAGAAAUACUGAGUCUGAAAGAUAAUCCAUUAAUCAUACUUUAUUAAAAAAAUUCUGAAUUUGAAAAACAUUCAGUAUGGACGGUCUGUAAAUACCACAAAUGUGGCAGGGUGCCACUUUAACAAAGCAGCAGAUCCAGUCCAGGCAGUCAGUCCAGUAACGGAGAAGGAAAGAUCUGUUGGUUUUCUACCAUGUCAAAAACGAUGGAGAACAGCAGGACUUUGAGUGUGCUUAUUUUGCUGUGCCAAAUCCAGUGUUUAGCUUUUCUGGCUGCAGCAGAAAUUCAGCUGCGCUGCUCAAAUGACGGAAUUGACUGCUUGAAUAAUGAAAUUCCAAGAAGCAAAAAUCUAGAGAACAAGCUCCCCACCUUUGCGUUUCCGCUCGUGUCUGGCAGUUUGAAGCGGAUGAAGAGAGAGUGGGUCAUUCCAGCUAUCAGCUUUCCAGAAAAUGACAGGGGUCCAUAUCCCAAAUUUGUGGUGAAGCUCAAGUCGAGCAAUGACGAAAAGGUGGCGAUAACCUACAAGAUCAGUGGACCCGGUGCUGAUCAGCCCCCUGAGGGUCUUUUUAUUGUUGAUCGGAGAUCUGGGGUGUUGUAUGUCACUCAGCCACUUGACAGGGAGAAAACUUCUAAAUACAGCCUGUGGGCCCAUGCACUGAAUGAGGGCAUUAAAGCCGAGGAGCCCUUGGAGGUCAUUAUCAACGUUAUAGACCAGAACGACAACACUCCGAUAUUCACUCACAACCCUUUCUAUGGUGGAGUGAGUGAAAGUGCUGACAUUGGUAGCACUAUCAUUAAAGUAACAGCAGUGGAUAAAGAUGACCCACAGACAAACAAUGCUAUAAUAAGAUACAGGAUAAAGGCUCAGUUGCCUCAAACACCCAAAGAGGACAUGUUUGCCAUAAACCCAGUGAGCGGAAUGAUCAGUGUGAUAGCAGAUGGACUGGACAGAGAGACUCAGCCAGAGUACAAGCUGAUUGUUGAAGCUGCUGAUAUGGAGGGGCGGGGACAGACAACCAGUGGUACUGUCAUCAUUAGUGUUACUGACAGCAACGAUAAUGCUCCACUAUUCGCUGUCACAUCUAUAUCCGUCUCAGUCCCAGAGAAUAAGAUUGGAGCGGAGGUGAUAAGAUUAAAGGUAACUGACAAGGAUGAAUUAGGAUCCCCUAAUGCCAAUACCAAGUAUUCCAUAAUCAAAGGCAACGAGGCUGGGGAUUUCAACAUCAAUACAGGCUCCAAUAAAAUGGAGGGAAUCCUCAAAACAGCCAAGGAACUGGAUUUUGAGAGUGUUCCUGUCUUUACCCUGCUGGUGGUGGUGACAAAUGAGGAGCCAUUUACUGGACCAGUGUUGACCUCAACAGCCACAGUCACCAUGGUAGUCGUGGACAAGAACGAACCUCCUGUUUUCAGUCCAGCGGAGAUCCAUGUAAGCAUCUCAGAAGAUGCAAAAAUAGGGAGUCCUGUGGCUGACCUGAGAGCUAAGGACCCAGACACAGCCAGGAAACAGAGCGUUAGAUAUGAACUACACCAUGACACUGUCAGGUGGCUGAGUAUUGAUAAAGACACAGGAUCAGUCCAAGUUAAAAACAACAUGGACAGAGAAUCACACUUUGUAAAAGACAGCAAAUACACAGUCCUAGUUUUGGCAUAUGACAAUGAUACUGUCCCAGCUACAGGGACAGGUACUCUGGUUGUGACUUUAUUAGAUGUGAAUGACAAUCGUCCUGUGAUCAAGCAGAGAAAAGCCAGUGUAUGCAAUAGAGAACCUUCACCUGCCCUGCUUGAUAUAGUGGACCUUGAUGGACCAGAUCAUGGUGGACCGUUUACUGCGGAGCUUCAAGGAGAGUACAGGAUCAAUUGGACGAUUAGCAUCAAUUCCACAAGUAACGUGGUAGCCCUGGCCCCAAAACGGGAGCUGUCACCUGGUGACUAUUAUGUGUUGGUGCGUAUCUAUGAUGUAGACAUGCUCUACCAAGACAGCACACUGGCAGUAGAAGUGUGCCAAUGUCAAGGGACUGUCUCUGCCUGCUUCAUCCCACACUCUGGCCCUCGUCUGCUCGUUCCUUCUCUUGCAACCUCAUUUCUUGGAGCAGUUUUUGGUCUUUUGUUACUGCUAUUGCUGCUGCUGUUCUUGUUAAGAAGGAGGAGAAGGGGUUCGAAGAAGAACGUCCCUCUUCUGGAAGAAGUACCCAGAGAAAACAUCUUCUACUACAAUGAGGAGGGAGGGGGAGAAGAGGACAUGGAGUACGACCUGAGCCAGCUCCACAGAGGGCUUGACAACCGUCCUGAAGUCUUCUGUGCUGAAGUGUUUCCUACUGUGCAGAGCCGCCCAUCUUACCGCCUGCAACUCCAAGCCAAUGAAGAAAUUGGCAAAUUCCUUGAGGAUAACCUGCAUGCUGCAGACCAUGAUCCCACGGCUCCUCCUUAUGACUGUCUACUGGUGUUCGACCACGAGGGUGUUGGCUCAGAGGCAGCUUCUCUCAGUUCCAUCAACUCCUCAGACUCGGAUGAGGACCAGGACUUUCAGAGCCUGGACCAAUGGGGAUCACGUUUCAGCAGGUUGGCUGACCUGUAUUCAGGUAGCAUGGAGGAGGACAAUGACACAGAAACACUGCCGGGAAAAACAGAAUGGGUCUGACAUGGCUCUGUGUAUUUACAGAAUUUCUGUCAAGCUGACCAACUGUGCUCACAGUACUGUGUGAAAUCUCUCUACUGCCUUCUGUGCCUUUUUUAGACUGGGUUGUGAUUUGAGAUGGGAGAUGCUCAUGCUCUGUUCAUAUAUAAUUAUGAGCUUUCCUAGCUUGUUCAUCACACUGGUUUGUUUAUUGCACGAGCUUGGUCCUGGAAUCUGUGGGUAAACAAUGACAUUAACAAGCAGAAUGAUAUUUAAAAGUAUGCAUCUCUCAAGCUUACCAAAUAUCAAACGUCCCACACAUAAUUGUCUACCUGACAUCAUAAUGUUGAUACAUUUGUUUUUUGACCAAAAUCUGACUGCAUAAAUAAAAGUGAAGAUUGUUUAGUCUGAUGAUAAUGGUCAACAUUUUAACUCACCCAUGUUAGUUACAGCUCAUAAAAGUGAACAUGAAUUAUAUACCAAGUGAUGGCACUGGGUUCUGUGCUUGUAGCAUAGUGCUUACUGCAUUGGCACUAACAUUAGACUCCAGUGAUACCGUUGAAAAAUAGUAAAAGUAUGUUUGUGUCAAGACUGCUGCACUUCAACUAAAUAUCGUGUGAAACACUUUUACUUACUUCUGAGAAUAUUCUUUUUUUGAUCAGCAUAUUAAUUGAGUUCCUCAAGGCUCCAUCAUAGGUCCUCUCCUGUUUUUUUUUUUUUUUUUUUUUUUUUUUUUGU